AGAAAGAGCGGAAACGAAAAAAAAAAAAAAAGGGCAAAGCGAGUCAACCAUCUACGGUUGGCGAAGGUCCAAAAAGGCCACUCGAAAAGAGGACCUAAUUGGCAAAGACUUCUUUUUUCUUUCUUCCUUGCGAUCUUCUCAUCUCUCAAAUCCAAAAGCAAAAAGAACCCACAAAAAGAAAAAGAAAAAGAAAAAGAAAAAAAAUCUUCCAUGGUUUCUGUAACUAUAUAAAUUAGCUAAUAAGUUGCUCAAAGUGAUUUUCUUUUUUUCUUUUCCUCUUUUUCUUUGUGGUAAUAUUUGCUUCCCAUUUUUAAGUAAAAGGAUUUCUUGGAACAAGAUCUACUCUGGGUUUUUGUUUGGUUUUAAUUUUUUGGUUUUGGAGUUGCUAUAGUGAGGAGCUCAGGUGUCUGAUCCGAUGGGACUUUGUCUUAGCAAUCGAAUCAAGGCUUAUACUCCUUCUAAUACAGGAUUGAAUUCAAAAAGUGCCAGCAGAGAUGGGAAGAAUCUUAGUAGUGUGAGUAGCAAGGUCUCUUCGGCUUCCAUACCCCAAACUCCACGGAGCGAGGGUGAGAUCUUACAGUCGCCGAAUUUAAAGAACUUUAGCUUCAGUGAGCUGAGGACUUCCACUAGAAACUUCAGACCAGAUAGUGUACUGGGAGAAGGUGGUUUUGGAUCAGUUUUCAAAGGGUGGAUUGAUGAGCAUUCUCUUUCAGCUACCAAGCCUGAUUCUGGCAUGGUGAUUGCUGUGAAGAGGCUUAAUCAAGAAGGGUUCCAGGGUCACAAGGAAUGGCUGGCAGAGAUCAACUAUCUUGGGCAAUUGGAGCAUCCUAAUCUUGUUAAGUUGAUUGGUUACUGCUUUGAGGAUGACCAUCGCCUUUUGGUCUAUGAGUUUAUGCCCCGUGGCAGCAUGGAGAAUCAUUUAUUUAGGAGAGGCUCUCAUUUCCAGCCACUUUCUUGGAACAUUCGUAUGAAAGUUGCUCUUGGUGCUGCAAAAGGGCUUGCAUUUCUUCAUAGUGCUGAUGCAAAAGUCAUAUAUCGGGACUUCAAGACUUCUAAUAUACUGCUUGAUACAAACUACAAUGCAAAGCUUUCUGAUUUUGGUUUAGCCAGGGAUGGGCCAACUGGUGAUAAGAGCCAUGUGUCCACAAGGGUCAUGGGAACUUAUGGAUAUGCUGCACCAGAGUAUUUAGCCACAGGCCAUUUGACUGCUAAGAGCGAUGUAUACAGCUUUGGAGUUGUACUUCUAGAAAUUUUAUCUGGUCGACGAGCUGUAGACAAAAAUCGACCAUCUGGGCAACAUAACCUGGUGGAGUGGGCAAAGCCUUACCUGACAAACAAAAAAAGAGUUUUCCGCAUUUUGGACACACGUCUUGAUGGUCAGUACUCCCUUACCCGGGCUCAAAAGGUGGCUAACCUUGCACUUAAUUGCUUAGAUGUAGAACCAAAGUUCAGACCAAACAUGGAGGAAGUGGUAAAGGCAUUAGAGGAAGUUCAAGAAUCAAAUAAAAAGGAGGAGAAUCUAACUACUCAUGGAAACACCAAAACCGGAAAAAUUGCUUAUCCACGGCCAUCUGCAUCCCUUCUUUCUGCCUAGGCAAGGCUCAAGUAAGAUUUUUUGUGGUGUGUUAAUAUAAUGGAGUCCUGGGAUGUGUAACUGUGUUCCAGGAGUUUGAGCAUGUUGUAGAAGCAUGUCUUUAUUGGAGCAGUGUACAGUUUUUUGUUUGCUCUUUGCAUGUAGUAUUUAUGCCUCCAUUUUUGUAUGUUUUCUGUUCCUCAUCAGAAUGAGGGAGGACAGAUGUGUAUGGGGAUGAUGUUGAUGCUGUAAUGUUUUGUACUUGAAAACAGCCACAGAUAUGCAAAGGUUUCUAUUUUAAUGUAUAAUUGAGCUUUUUUCUUCA